AUGGACAAAAUACCUGAACAUAGAAAAAAUGCUUUUAAAGCAAAGUCCGUUUUUAAGGCUGAAGAGUUACGCCGCCGCCGCGAAGAACAACAGAUCGAAAUUCGCCGAAAAAACCGUGAAGAGUCUUUAGCGAAGCGUCGUAAUCUAAAUGUUCCCGCUUCGCCUGAUUCUGAUGAUGAGUCUGCUGUUGCAGUCAUCAAUGCUCAGCUGCAAGCCACUACAAAGUUUAGAAAGUUGCUUUCUAAAGAACGAAAUCCUCCAAUCGAGCAAGUUAUUGAAUGCGCAGCUUGGGCUUUAACAAAUAUCGCCUCUGGAUCAUCUCAACAAACUCAAGUUGUAAUCGAUGCUGGAGCUGUCCCGAUCUUUGUCGAAUUAUUGAGUAGCCCUGUCGCUGACGUUAAAGAACAAGCUGUGUGGGCCUUGGGCAAUAUUGCGGGCGAUAGUCCUCCAUGUCGUGACUACGUCUUGCACGAAGGGGCACUUCGACCUUUAUUGUCCAUCUUGAAUGAACACCAUAAGCUUUCAAUGCUUCGUAAUGCAACUUGGACCUUAUCAAACUUUUGCCGAGGAAAAAAUCCUCCACCUGAUUGGAAUUUGACACCUGCUUUACGAUCUGUCGGAAAUAUUGUUACCGGAGACGACGUUCAAACCCAAGUCAUUAUUAAUUGUGGCGCACUUCCAGCUUUACUAAGCUUGUUGUCUAGCCCAAAGGAUGGUCUUCGAAAAGAGGCCUGCUGGACCAUUUCCAACAUUACCGCUGGAAAUUGUGCUCAGAUACAGGCAGUGAUAGAUGCCAACAUUAUACCUCCACUUAUCAAUAUCUUGCAGCACGCAGAUCUUAAAACUCGUAAGGAAGCGUGUUGGGCGAUCUCUAACGCAACGUCCGGUGGUUUGAAUAAACCUGAACAAAUUAAAUAUCUUGUCAGUCAAGGAUGUAUCAAGCCUCUUUGUGAUUUGCUGACUUGCAUGGAUAAUAAGAUAAUUCAAGUUGCUUUAGAUGGUCUCGAAAAUAUCUUAAAAGUUGGCGAAUUGGAAAAGGUUAAUGGUGUAAACCAAUUUUCAUUGUUCAUUGAAGAAGCCGGCGGUAUGGAGAAAAUUCAUAACUUGCAGAUUCAUGACAACAUGGAAAUUUACAAGAAAGCGUAUCAUAUAAUUGAUCUAUAUUUCGCGGAAGAUGAAGAGGAAGAGGAUAGAACCCUAGCUCCUGAAGUAGAUAUGACUUCUAAUCAAUUUGUUUUUCAAUCAGAUUUCAAUUUACCCCAAACUGGAUUUCACUUUGGUAGUGGUAACACUAUGUAA